UGUCUUUGAUUUCCUCUAGCUAAAUAAAAUCCGAUCACAUAUAUAUACAUACAUACAUAUUAUAUACACGUGAGUGUGUAUAUAUAUAUAUAUAUUAGAAAUCCUCGAAUUGAUCAAUUUUCAGAUAACCUAGAGGCUUUAUCAGUCGGGUUGUUAGGGAUUUCUGGGAAGUUUUGUUUUGGGGAAAGUUUGAUUAAGCGGAAUGGCACAAGCUGUGGAAGAAUGGUACAAGCAGAUGCCGAUUAUCACCCGUUCCUACCUCACUGCCGCAAUCCUCACCACAAUCGGUUGUUCUCUGGAGAUUAUAUCUCCUUAUAACUUGUACCUGAACCCCAAGUUAGUGGUGAAGCAAUACCAGGUGUGGCGCCUGGUUACAAAUUUUCUCUACUUUCGGAAGAUGGACUUGGACUUUCUGUUUCACAUGUUUUUCCUAGCUCGGUACUGCAAGCUUCUAGAAGAGAACUCCUUCAGGGGAAGGACGGCAGAUUUCUUCUACAUGCUCUUGUUUGGUGCCACUGUUUUAACAGGAAUUGUUCUUGUCGGGGGGAUGAUACCUUAUGUCUCAGAGUCAUUUGCAAGGAUCAUAUUCCUGAGCAAUUCAUUGACUUUUAUGAUGGUUUAUGUAUGGAGCAAGCAAAAUCCAUUUAUCCACAUGAGCUUUUUGGGUCUGUUUACUUUCACCGCAGCUUACCUCCCAUGGGUUCUUUUGGGCUUCUCUGUGCUAGUUGGCGCCAGUGCUUGGGUGGAUCUACUGGGAAUGAUUGCAGGCCAUGCUUAUUAUUUCCUAGAAGACGUCUAUCCGCGAAUGACUGGUCGUAGACCCCUGAAAACUCCAGCAGUUAUCAAAGCAUUGUUUGCUGAUGAGCCGGUAGUGGUGGCUCGCCCUGCUAAUGUUCGCUUCGCUGCUCCUCCUGUUGAUGAAGUUCCACCAAAUCAAUGAGAGAAUUUUAUAAGUAAACCAGUGGCUCUGUCUUCAGUUUCUGUAAAUUGACCGUAGAUAUUUGGUUGGAGGAAAUCAGGGUUGGUGUUGUUGAUGAUGAUUGUGCUAGUUAUUAAUGCUUUUUGUAAUUUAGAUCUGGAACUGGAGAAGUGCUGUCUGGUAGAGAAAAUUCGCCUAUAUGAAGUGUUUUUUCUCUGUUAAAAGUCUUAGAAUUCAAUUGA